AUGGCACCUCCAAUAAGAGCACCAGGCGGUGACGCGAACGACCCCGAUUGGGGUAAACCUUACCAUUAUGCCCCCCGGAUCCAUUCUUUGAGGGAGCAGGUCAUUGCAGCUGGCGACCUGCAGGGCCCAAAUCCGGCUGCGGAGUUCCAGCAGAUCCUCGCAGGCAAUCUUCGCAAGGCACAUGCGAUGUUUGGAGACCAGCUCUACCAACUUACCUGA